ACAUUUUACAAUCGCUCGAUAGCGUUGAUAUUUGGUUAAAAAAGCGAUUUAUAAAUUGAUAUACCUUGAGCUAGCACCGAGCCCAAUGAUGAGUGCUUUAUGUACAGGUUGAGCUGUCAAAAUGCGCGUUCACAACAGCGUUGCGUCUGUGCGUACGACUGUGUGUGAGGGCGGGCGGAAGGGCGUCCGUGAUGUGAUUGCAAAACGGACACACAACAGCAAACUAGAAAAACACAAGCCCAAAAAAACGGGCCGUGCCGUUGAGUUAGGGUGCCUGUUUUUUGGGGUGCGAAGUUGCGUUUCGUUUUUCGACAAAACAACAAUACGGAGUGCCAUCGAAGAAGCUGCCACCGAUUACGGCCGUCGACUUGAUGCGCCAGCCAGUAACAUUCGGGUGUGGACUACGGAAGGAAGCAAAACUAUGACCGCCGAGCCUAGCGCACUAACGACGACGACGACGACGACGACGACGACAACAACGCACCAGAGCGAUGAUGCGGGAAUGCAGGUUAGCGCCAACGCUACGGCUUCGCCACGCAAGUGCAUCGUUCGCGAGAUGCUGUGCUUUUUCGAGGAAGCCGCUGCCGUACUCGCCGGCAACAAUCAACCGGCCGAACUGGACUGGGACGGGGAACAGUUUUUCGACGAUGCCAGCAGCGGGUGGGUGGGAGACCCGGACAACCGGAGCGUGGACGAGAUACUGCACGAGGCCGAGCUGCUCAUCUGCCAGCAGCCGGUGUUUCGGCGAAACGGCGAAACCAUCGAUCGAGCCCAUCCCUCGGCGCUGCAAGAGCUGGCGUGUGAGGCUAAGCUGGCAGAGGUGUGGAAUGGGCUGCUGGAGGAUCUGGCAAACGCCGAGCGGAAAGACGCGCAACGGACGGUCCUCGAGCAGCAGACAGAGCCGAACAGCAUGGGUACGAGCGACAUGGUCCCGUACAGCAAUUAUCAAUCGAUAGUUAAUGCCGCGACGGACAGCAACGAAUUGACCGACGAAGAAGAACCGGACGAGAGUGAAUGCUUCUCGGAUGGUGAUGGUACUACGAUCUCGCUCAGCCAACAUAACUACCAGCAAGAAGAACCCCAGCUGCUAACGGUUCCGCCAGGUGAUGCGCAACAGCAGGUGGAUCGCUGUUCCACACCGCACCAAGCAGCAGAAGAGCGGGAGAGGGUGCCGUCGGUUGUACCAACGACUUGCGACAAGUCGACGCAACCGUCACCAACGCGCGAAUCGCCCACCGCGAGCGGUGAACUAAUGAUGCUGUCUAAGUACCGCGAACUCGAAAACAGGCUGCUCCAUCUGCACGAACAGGUAAAGGACAGCGAGGAACGAUACCAGAGCCUUCGGAUCCAGUAUGAAACCCUUGCCCAUGCACACCGAACCCUGCGUGACCUCUACAACACCAAGCAGGACGAAAGCGAGAAGUUGGAGUUCGACAUACAGCAUCUGACGAAGUGUGUCGAGGUGCUCAGAUCGGAGCUCAAAUCUGCUCGCAACGAGCGCGAUUUUGCGGUGGAACUGCAGGGUCUGCUACAAUCCGAGCUCGACGAUGCACGCAAUGACAAAAAGAAGCUGCAGGAGAGUACGGAGAAAGAUACCAGAACGAUACAGGAUCUACAACGACAGUGCCGCGAAAUGGAGCGCAUUUUGAUGCGUAAGAAUCCAGAUGCUAUCUCGGGACUUAUCGUGACUACCAAAGUACCUCAUGGAAAGUCGGACGGUGAAGGCGGUGCAUUAGUACGCCGUACACCGGAGCAAACGGAGGCGGACGGUGGCAUCAUUCAGCACUCCAGAUCAUAUGGAGUGCUGGCGGACGUGCAAGCGCGCUUCAGCUCCGUACAGGCCAAGUACGAAACACAUAUACGUGACCUGGAAAUGCAGGUGUUGAGCUUGCAGGAGAUCAACUCGAAGCUGAACGAGCGGAUCAUACUACAAAUGGAAGAGCUGGCAAUAAUCAACGCCAACACCCUGGCCGUCGGCAGCAGCACUUCCAGUAGCACUCAGACUGAGCCGUCGGAAGGCAUCGGAAAAGCACCGGCGAAGCGACGGUCCGUGAUGGUGCAAACGGACAACCUCAUUGCUAAACCAUUGUCUAUACGCCAACAGCAGACCAAGCGGGCCCAGGCGCAAAACAAGGAAGAUGCUCACCUGUUAGCGACCAUCGGUGGCAUGCGAGUUGAUCUGGCGACCAAGGAAAAGACCGUACAGCGGUUGACGCGUGAGGUGGAAGAGUGCAAAAAGACGAUUAAGAAGCUGCAGAAAAAGAAGGAAGGGCUGGUUAAAAGUGACUGCGGCAAGUCACCGGUGAAGGUGCGCAAAAAAGUGCUGGAAAACGCAGAAUCGGGUAUGGAAUCGACCUUAGCAGUGAGUGAAGGUGCGCCGAAGGCGAAGAACCUCGAGAUGGAUCACCACAAGGCACUUCAAGAGCAAAGGUUGCAAGAACACAGAACAUGACAAGACGUCCGCGGAAUCGAGUAUGGGUUUUACCUCGCAGUUACACGUAGGGUUACGACAAGUGCAGCUGCGAAUAUACAUAUUGGCAAAGAGUUAAUUUCUUACUAGUCGGAACAGUGGCAGGAUAGCGUACAAGAUAAUGGUUAGCAGCACACGAAGCAAAUCGAGUGUGAUCUCAAUUUGAAAUUUAUUUGUAAAAGUAGUUGUCUAUAGACAAUCUUGUUUGGUUUUAAUGUAGGCGCUAUGUUGCGGAUUCGCGCUUAUUCUACGUGAAGUUCGGCAAAACUAAUUAGCGAAAAGCGUAAUUUUAUCGCUCAGUUGUUUGAAAAAGAACUAAUUAUUCUAGUGCAGUAUACUUAAAGAUAAAAGUUUUAGCAACCAUUUUAUUACACUUCACUCUUUAUCAACAUGACUAAAGUCUUGCGCUUAACAGUGUUGUGCGCCUUUUAUAUUCAAAAUUUAUAUUGUUCUUCUAACCAAAUGCCAAGUCGCACAUUGCAACAUUGUGAAAACGUAAAAUAGUGAUAGUGUUUUGGUACCAUCGUCGAUUCUCUUCGAUUUGUAUUUUCUGCUGUGAAAAAUUAAUUUUAGUACCCUGCUCUAAACCAAUGAUUUUUUUGUAUUAUUUUAGUCGCAGUUUUAUUGUAUGAUUUUAAACGCAGUAAUCUGCAAAGUUAUAGAUUCAUAUUAUCAUACAAUCAGAUUUAUACAAGCUGCGCCGUGUUCUUUAAUUUGUGUUCAAUUCAAAUUCAAAUUCAAUUGUCGCCAUGUUGCAGUUUCUAUUAUAUUAAGGUUAACCAGUAUUGAAUGUUACGCUAGUUUUUUUUUGCAUUUUAAAUCCAGCCAUAAUAGAUAGGCUUAGUGAUUUUCCAGUGUCCAGUGAGUAUUUUAUAUCAUCUGCUAUGUAUGUAUUGAAAGAGGAAAUGAGUUUUAUUUUCCCAAUUCCGCAUUCUUCACGUUUUCCCAACUCCUCCGAUAUCACUGAAAUGGCUAAUUCCACAAUAUUUGUCAUUGCAAAUGUAGCAUUUUUGUAGGUGACGUUGUAAAUAAUUCUUCUAUCCCAAUUCUGAUAAGGAUUAUCUAUUUCUUGUCGAGAAUUGUUAACUAACAAAUGUUGAUAAGGAUUAUGUAUAUUGAUGUUAAUGAAGUUGAUUGCAAAGAAGCUAUUGAUUUGAGGUGUUAGGUAAUGAGGAAGGGAAACAAACUCUGCCUCGAAUAUUUUAGGAAAAUAGGGUUCCUUUUAUUCUAUAACGUUUAUAAACCCUUAUAGUAGGUGGUAAUGAUGUAUAUAGACAAUAAAAAAAGUGCGCCAAAUGUAUUCACACUCGUUUAUGUUUUCUUUUGUAUUUUAGUAUUUUAUUAUGUUCCUUUGAUAGGAAACUAUAUCAUGUAGGCUU